CUACACUAUCCCACUUAUUAAAAUCUUUAUCUCGCCGUUCCUUUCACCGGCCGAUUUUAAAAUCCCCCUUUAAAUACGGACCUGAUAAAUCUCUCUUUCACUUUCUUCAUUUUCGCUCUCACCAUCGCCGGUAAAAUCUCGCCGGAGAAAACAAAAAGAAUGUCAGAAGAGUUCGCACUUCGAGUAGAGCAAGGUCUUCAGCUCGCAAGACGUAUAUACUACGGCAAAGGCAUCGCUCCUCCUGUAGUACCAGAUCCUCCUUCUUCACCGGAAAACUUUCUUCCGACGGCGAUUACGGCUUACGCUUCAAUAACAGAUCCGGUGGCUGUUGAUAACCCCGACGUUCCUAGCUACCAGCCGUACGUUCACGCACGAUGCGAUCCUUCAGCUCUCGUGCCGCUUCAGAUGCUCGGAAUUGAGAUGAAUAUAGAUUGUUGGCUCGACACGGCGUUUGUCACCGUCACCGGACGGUGGAGAGUUCACUGUGUUAGGCCUAGCAAACGCUUUGACUGCUGUGUCGGUGUUCCUAUGGGUGAGAAGGGCUCAUUUCUAGGUGCUGAGAUUGAUGUUUUGAACAAUGAGAAAUCUUACCAGACCAAACUAGUUACAGAGGAUGAAACAUCUGACUUUGAUAACGUUCAUAAAGACAAAGAUUCACGUUUCUUUAAGUCUCAUAUCUAUACUUUCAAGAUCCCACAUGUUGCUGGAGGAUCAAUCUUUUCGGUUAAUGUGACUUGGUCUCAGAAAUUGAUUUACAAAGACGGCAAGUUUCAUCUCAAUGUGCCUUUUAGAUUCCCUUCUUAUGUGAAUCCUAUAGGCAAGGAAAUUAUUAAACGAGAAAAGAUUGUGUUAAACAUGAAUUCUUGUGUUAGUGGCGGCGAAAUAGCUUCUAGUUUUACAAGCCAUCCAUUAAAGAUUAUUCACCGUGUAGCGGGUGAAUUAAGUUGUGAGUAUGAAGCUGAAGUACCAUCUUGGUCAAGGGUUGAUUUUGGUGUUUCAUUCACUGUUUCCUCUGGUGAUCUGUGUGGUAAUGUAUUGGUUAAGUCUCCAUCUCCAUGGGAUUCAGAUGACAGAGGAAUAUUCUGUUUGUACCUUUUCCCUGGAACCACCAAGCAUACGAAGCUUUUCAAACGAAGAGUUGUGUUUGUGAUUGACAUAAGUGCAAGCAUGAAAUGGAAGCCGCUCGAGGAUGUGAAGAAAGCUUUGUUAGAGUGUUUGGCUAAACUACAAGCUGAAGAUGUUUUCAACAUAAUCGCUUUCAAUGACGAAAUUCUAGAAUUCUCAACUUCAAUGGAGUUUGCAACAGAUGAAACUAUAUCCGCUGUGACUGAAUGGCUUGAUAGUAAUUUAAUUGCAAAUGGUGGAACAAACAUGUUACUUCCCCUCAAACAGGCAAUGAAACUACUUGAAGGAAGCAAUAUUGGAGUUCCUCUUGUAUACCUUGUCACUGAUGGAUCUGUUGAAAACGAGAGAGAGAUAUGUCAUGCUAUGAAAGAAUCUUGUAGCAGAAACGGAAAAUCGAUUUCUCCUAGGAUAUCUACCUUUGGCAUUGGUUCGUUUUGCAACCAUUACUUCUUGCAAAUGCUAGCUCGGAUAGGGAAUGGUUACUAUGACGGCACAAACAACACAGAUUCAUUCGAGCAUCAGAUGAGUAGACUAUUUGAGAUAGCUUCUUCAACGAUCGUAGCCAAUACUACUUUUGAUGCUCUCAAACUUCUCCGAUCAGUUGAGCUGUUUCCUUGUCAGGUUCCAGACAUUACUCUCGGUGAUCCGUUGAUCUUGUCUGGAAGAUACAAAGGAGAGUUCCCAGAUGAAGUUGAACUUAGAGGCACACUGGCUGAUAUGAGCUGUUUCACAAUAGAGUUAACAGUGCAGAAGGCUAAAGACAUUCCUCUAGACAAGGUUCUUGCGAGGAGACAAAUCAAUGAACUCACUGCUCGAGCUUGGUUUGAAGACAAGAAAGAGCUGCAAGAAAAGGUUGCUGUAGGGGUUGUGAUUUGACAUUGUUGGUCUUUUUUCUUCUUCUUACCUAAUAACAUCUUUUUUUUUGCUUAAUCAGGUCAUGAGAUUGAGUAUACAAACAGGGUUUCCUAGCGAAUACACGCAAAUGGUAUUAUCAGUCAAACACGACGAGGAAGAGAAGACGAUGGCAAGACCAGUUUCAAUCAAAGAGAUUCUAAGGAACCCACCAUACCAAAUCCACAAGCAGAUGCAGAGGAGCAACAGCAUGAGAAGGAGUUUGCUUGGGAAACAAGGGUAUGGGUUCGGGAACGUUGCAGCUACUUUAAAGAACGUGCCACCGUGGAUGGAGGAGCCGAAGGAGGUGGAAGGAACUGAACUUCUGAUAAGAGCGGCGUCAGGAGUGGUUGACCGCGUUUGCUGUAUGUGUUGCUUGCAGUGUAUGUCAAGGGUGAGUGAUCAGUGCACCAUUGUCUUCUCUCAGCUCUGUGCAGCAUUGGCUUGUUUCCAGUGUAUUGGUUGCUGUUUCGAAGUCUGUGGCUGUCUUGCUUGACCUCUAGAACUCAGGACAUUGUCAAAAUAAAACUAAGGAGAAAAUGUAAAUUCAUUAAUGGAUUUUACUCUCUUGAGACAAAGUUGAAAAUAUUAUAAUUAGUGUGUAAAUUAGAGUUGUGAUAUACACCAAGUUUGAAAAUACAAGACUAACGUAGUUGAAUACUAAUAUACUACUUUAUGAAAUGAG